AUGCGCCCCCCGGCCGCGCGGGUCCUAGCCGCGCUCUGCCUGCUGGCGCUGCCCGCCACCGUCGCCGCUGCCGCCUACUUCGGCCUGACCGGACGCGAGGUUCUCACGCCCUUCCCAGGUCUGGGCACUGCCGCGGCCCCGGUCCAAGGGGGUGCCCACCUGGAGCAGUGUGACCUGCUGAAGCUGUCACGCCGGCAAAAGCAGCUGUGCCGCCGCGAGCCUGGCCUGGCCGAGACCCUGCAGGACGCCGCACGCCUCGGCCUGCUCGAAUGCCAGUUCCAGUUCCGGCAAGAGCGCUGGAACUGCAGCCUGGAAGGAAGAACCGGCCUGCUCAAGAGAGGCUUCAAGGAGACGGCCUUCCUAUACGCGGUGUCCUCGGCUGCCCUCACACACACGCUGGCCCGGGCCUGCAGCGCGGGGCGCAUGGAGCGCUGCACCUGCGACGACUCUCCAGGGCUGCAGAGCCGGCAGGCCUGGCAGUGGGGCGUGUGUGGCGACAAUCUCAAGUACAGCACCAAGUUCCUGAGCAACUUCCUGGGGCCCAAGAGAGGCAGCAAGGACCUGCGGGCACGGGCAGAUGCCCACAAUACCCAUGUGGGCAUCAAGGCUGUGAAGAGUGGGCUCAGGACUACGUGCAAGUGCCACGGUGUGUCAGGGUCCUGUGCUGUACGCACCUGCUGGAAGCAGCUCGCCCCAUUCCGUGAGACAGGCCAACUGCUGAAGCUGCGCUAUGACUCGGCCGUCAAGGUGUCCAGUGCCACCAACGAAGCCUUGGGCCGCCUGGAGCUGUGGACACCCGCCAAGCCAGGCAGCUCCACCAAGGGCCUGGCACCCCGGCCCGGGGACCUCGUCUACAUGGAAGACUCGCCCAGCUUUUGCCGACCCAGCAAGUACUCGCCCGGCACGGCGGGCAGGGUGUGUUCCCGGGAGACCAGUUGCAGUAGCCUGUGCUGUGGGCGGGGCUAUGACACCCAGAGUCGCCUGGUGGCUUUCUCCUGCCACUGCCAGGUGCAGUGGUGCUGCUACGUGGAGUGCCAGCAGUGUGUGCAGGAGGAACUGGUGUACACCUGUAAACAUUAGGCCUAUUGCCCAGUCGACCUGCUGGGCACUGUCAGGGCUACUUCCAGUGCGUGUUCAGUGGCCCCCUGGGCAGGAACACCCACUGCACAUGCACACAUGUACACGCACACACAUACAUUCACGUAUCCCGAAGGUCGUGCCAAUGCAUGCCAGCUCCCUGGCUCUGGCCUGCUUUGUGCCUCUUCCAGCAGUUGACAAAGGGAAGCCGUGCCCCAUGCUCCCAGCAAAGGGUCCUCAAGCUUGUUGAGGACUUGGCAAUGGAGGCAGAGGUGGGAAGGGAUGUGGGGGCAAAAGAGGGAGACCGUGAGCAGAGCAGGAAUGAGGGUCUGGUGGUAGGCAGGGCCAUCCCUGGGAUAUGUGGCAUGGAGCUAGCGAGGCACCAGCAGGUUCACUCCUGGGCCAGCUGGAGGCCAAGGCAAGUGCUUGGCUGGGGUGGAUCCCAGUAGCCCUGGGUUUGUUCAGGUUGCAGGGAGCUGUGGCUGCUGCACACAUUCGCUAAAGCCUGUGGCUUCACUGUGCUCUAGAUGGGCAGAAAGGCCAGGCAGAGGAGCUGCUUGUGUAGGAAGAGGAAGACUCCAGGCUUGAGUAAACAGCUGUCAGCUUCGUGCCCAGAAACCCUGUGUCCUUGACUUCCCACACCAGUCUGCCCUAAGGCCUCGUUCUGUCUUGAUGCCGGAUUAUGCUCAUACCCACCCGCUCUGCUUCCUACGACCACCCAUGCAGGGAAGACAGGUGGGACCGCCAAUCCCCAGGGUGUGCACAGAAUGGCAACCUCUCCCCGUUUGCCCUGGUCCCCAAAGGAACCUUUCAAUUCCAGUCCAGAACGGGGGGCAUGCUAGCUUCCUGGUGCACAGCAAGCAGGUGUCAAGUUCUAGCUUUUCAGCUUGCUCUGGGGUCACCCCUGCCUCAGCUUACGAUCCUGCUGCAGAGCAGCGGGCUCCUGAGUUGGGACUCUGGUUACGUUUCGAUGCUGGCGCUCACUC